AAAUAAAGGGAGGUUCAGUAUCCACAGUCAUCUUGUAAAUGACAGAGGCGCACUUGCGUGUUGGAGCGUGACUGUUGUGAAGGUUUCACUUUCAUUUAUAAGGAAAAAACAGUUUAAAGUAGCGAGGCAGGGGAAGAAGAUCAAAAUCUGAAACAUGGCCAGUGCAGAGCCCAUGGAGGUCGACAGACCUGACGACAUGAGCCAAGUGAAUAAUUCUGCUGUGAGUAAAAGCCAGCAACAUUCAACAUUCAAUCCUAGCGAUACACCUACUGCAGAUGAAGAUGAAGCUCACAUUGUUCUCUCAGUGACGUGGAUAAAGUCUGAUGAUGAACCACAAAAAGUUAAGAGGCUAGAGUCUUGUCUACAGAAAAGGCUUCAGUCUUGGAUCAACAAACACAAACAUAUGAUGGAAUGCUCAGUGAAAAGGACCUUAGGUGAUGGGCGUGUUGUGAUAAGCAUUAAACCAGCCGCAGCCGUGACUAAGCUUCAGAAACUUAGUGAACAAACACUAAGUAGGAAGGAUGAAAAUUCAGUCAUCAUAACAUCCAUCAGUCUGCUAUCUCCAGAGCUUGUUAGACAAGUACUAGAGGAUGCUUCAGUGAACCUGCCAGAGCCACAAACUGAGAAAGUUCAACCGGAGAAGAAGAGUAAAGCAGGUUCUACAGCUGGAGAAAAGAUGGGCGCUUCUUUCAUGCAAGAGCCACAACAUGACCAAGUUCAGGCGGGGAAACAGAGUAGCACAGUUUCUGCAUUGGAAGAGAUGUGCACUUGUUCUGUCGCAGUGGCUCCUUUCUGGUAUGUGGACCACAUGUACAAAGAGGAAAUGAAACGUAUAGAGAAAACGAAUGGAGUUAAAAUCAUGGCAGAUGUGAAGGUGAGAUUUGAAGUAGAUGGAAAACAUGGGAGACCAGACAUUGCUCUCGAGGAGUUUACAAACCUUGUCCAGAAAAGGUUAGUUGAAUCCAGUGGUUCAGUUAUUCCUCUCAAGUUCAUAGAUUCAGAUCAGUGGAGUGAUGCACUGAAAACCAUCCAGGAAAAAGAAAACAAGCUUUUGGUUACUUUGACCUCUGAAACAAUGACUGUACGUGGGCCAACACAUAGUCAAGAUGUUUUCAGUAAGUUGUUAAAUGCAGAUACAGAGCAGAAAAGAAACACAGAUGCUUCUCAUGAGUUUCAAGAGACAUCCCUGAAGAUUGACAUGACCACCAAAGACGAUUUCCCACAUGCAGGAUUGAUCAUCGAGAAGACCUUUUGGAAGUUGAUGACUAUCCAAUAUAACAAGCAAGUAGCAAGGAUCAAAGCUAAGUUUAAUGUGAAAUUGAAAGAAUUUGACAUUGGUCAAGGCAAAGUCAAUGUCAAAGCUGUAUACCAGAAAGAUGAAGGAAAUGCCUCCAUGGAGAGCCACGCUCUAAGAACACUUCUCUGUCUAUACCAGAAGUUUGUUGCAUCCCCCAUGAGUUCAUCCGAGUUCCAUGGUGCUACUGGAUUCAGUGGCACACCCAUUUCUCAGUCAGAGGGUGCCCCCAAUGAGCCUGUAUUGAAUGGCCAAUCAGCAAACACGAAGCACAAAACUGACACAUCCACUGACAGUGGGACAACAGCAGGUGACCAAAAGGAAGAAAGGUGUCCUAUAUGUUUGGAUAAAUUCGAAAAUAAGACACAGCUCAAGUGUAAACAUGAAUUUUGUAAAGACUGCCUGAAACAAGCACAGGAAGCGAAUGGGCCCAUCUGUCCUAUAUGCAGAGCCGUCUUUGGCAAGAUAAUGGGAGACCAACCAGAUGGAAAAAUGUCGGACUAUACAUUGCCCUCUUUCCUCCCUGGAUACUCAGACUGUGGCACCAUAGUUAUCAGCUAUGAGAUUCCAAGUGGAAUACAGACGGCAAAACAUCCCAAUCCUGGACGGCCCUACUCAGGUAUUUAUAGAAGAGCAUAUCUUCCAGACAACAAAGAGGGCAAUGAAGUGCUGCGACUGCUGAAAAAAGCUUUCGACCAGAAGCUCAUUUUUACUGUUGGGAGAUCCAGAACAACUGGACUGGACGGCCAGGUGACCUGGAAUGACAUUCACCACAAAACAUCCAUGUCAGGAGGACCAGAUUGCUUUGGGUAUCCUGACCCUGAGUACCUGAGCAGAGUCAAAGAGGAGUUAAAGGCCAAAGGCAUUGAGUGAAGUCUUUGAUACAAAGUGCAGCUGGAUUAGAAAUCAAAGAGGCUAAAAACAAGAUGACUCUUUAAACAGACACUGAAAUUCAAAUACUCUGUUUUGCUCUUUUUUCUGUUAAUGUUUCAAAUGAUCAGCAAGGGUUAGAAUUGACUUCUUUCAUUUGCAAAAUAUAUUAUCUUCACAUAUCGGGUGAUAAAAAUUUUUUUGUUGAUUGUCUAAGUUUUCAUCAUGUAACAAUAUAAAAUGUACAUAAUCUCAGGUCUACAGUGCUGAUGGUCUGACUUGUUCUUUGCCUAAUAAAUGAUUAAAUCCUCCACACUGAAUUCCUCCUUUUAUCAGGACCGAUUGUGAACAAAACACAGAACACUGUGGUUUGUUUUCUGUACAAUUUUUAAAAUUUUAUUUAUAACAAUAUCUGUUAUUUAGUUUGUAAAGUACUCCAGCAAAAAUUAAACAUUAUUCUCUUUUCAGAAGAAAGUCUGCGCCUCCAUGCAUUGUGUACUAUAAAAGCUAUGUGUCAUUUUUCAUUUUAAAAAACAA